AUGAGAGCAACUACUGCGCUGCUGGCGCGGUCGGUAUGGAAAGGUCCACACAUUGUACCCCUACCGAUCGUACGGCCGCGACCUGGCGAGCGCAUGCCGCCAAUCAAAACCCAAGCACGAGCGGCGACCAUCUUACCGAACUUCGUAGGUCUUAUCUUCCAGGUUUACAACGGCAAGAUAUAUCACGACGUGCGGAUCACGGAGGAUAUGGUUGGACAUAAGCUGGGAGAGUUCUCGCCGACUCGAAAACGCUUCACUUACAAGGCUACCAAGAACAGGUGA